CGUUUGUGCUGCUGGCAGAAUAAUAGUUCAUCUCGCGACCAGACUUUGUAGUGGGGACAAUCAUAACCGUCUUGAUUUGGAAUAUUUACAUUUUUAUUUCGUUUUUACAAGGAAUUGCUUUAUCUUAUUAUUCGUUUGGUUUAUUAUCAAACAUCUCAAUGAUGGCCUGCUCCGGUUUCACCUGCUCCAAGCACUCCCUCUGUGCGCUCAAUAUCCUUUAUGUUUUGGUGAGUCUGCUGAUGAUCGGCAUCGCUGCGUGGGGGAAGUGGUUCGGCCUGGUGUCCAGCUUCCAGGUGGUGGGCGGAGUCAUUGGAGUGGGCGUUUUCCUGUUCUUCGUGGCGUUGGUCGGCCUCAUUGGGGCCGUGAAGCACCACCAGGUCCUACUCUUCUUCUAUAUGAUCAUCCUCUUCAUGGUGUUCAUCGUCCAGUUCUCUGUCUCCAGCGCCUGUCUGGCCAUCAACAAGGAUCAGCAGGAACAACUGUUGGAGGUGGGAUGGAACAACUCUCACACCACCCAGAGAGACGUAGAGAAGAGUCUCAACUGCUGUGGCUUCUACCACGUAGACAACAACGGGACCUGUGACGCUGCCUGUUUCCCCAACCACUCCUGUUCACCGUGUGCUGAGCACAUCCAGGCGCAUGCAGGAGAGGUGCUGCGCUUCGUGGGCGGGAUAGGCCUCUUCUUCAGCUUCACUGAGAUCCUGGGGGUGUGGCUAACGUAUCAAUACAGGAACCAGAAAGACCCUCGAGCCAAUCCCAGUGCCUUCCUGUAACUGCUGGCAACUGCUGGCUCUGCGCCCUGCCCCCCUCACCCCACAUCCUGGAAGUGGCUAGCCCUCCUCUUGGAGAGCUACUGGAUGUGCAGGCUUUUUCUCCAGCCCUACUCUAACUAACACUAACACAGCUGAUUCUAAACAAAUGAGUUGCUCAUCGGGACCAUUUUCAGCUGAAUCGGUUGUGUUAGUUAAAGUGGGGCCGAAGCAAAAGCCUGCAGUAGCUCUCCUGGUGGAGGUGGGUUUGCCGCCUGUUUUAGGGACUGUGUUUGUAAAUAAGCGAGUGACUUGUGUGUGUUUUCACCAGCUGAGCGAAGCGGCAGGCCUUUGUGUGGUGUUUCAUAAAGGUGUGUGUCUGGAAAAUAACUGGGUCGUGUUCAUUAGGGCACUAAACAGGAGAAAACUGACUGAGACAGGAGGAACUACGUUUUCCUUUACAUUUUCAGUUGCAAAAUGUUUUCUGUUGUGUUCCCUAAAGAACACGACCUGGCUGUAUAUAUUAAAAUGCUGCAUGAGUCUAUUACCCUAAUAGGACACCUGAAGCCUCUCCCAAUCCCAAUCAUGUCCUGUAUUUAACCUCUCAUACGUAUAUGGCUCUGCUUCCGAUGACAAAUCUCUUGGAAUCAACGUUUUCAGAGAAUACAUUUGAUAUUUGAUACACCCUUGAUGGGCAAGCGUUCAGUAUGCUCAGACCAGUAUUAGAACAUGUGAACUGUGAUGUUGUGACUACUGAAUGACUCCUGUAUUACAAACAAUGACUGACA